AUGAUAGAGACGACUCUGACAGAGAAACCACAUAUAGCUGGUUCACCAGAAGAUGAAGAUACAUUAGUUAAUUAUAUAAAAGAUUUCUGGGAAAACGUUGGUUUUGAUGAUGUACAGACAGCAACUUACGAUGUAUUGUUAUCUUACCCAGAUAAAGAUAACCCUAACAUGAUAGAAUUACUUAAUGAAAAUAAUGAAAUUGUUUAUCAAACACCUAUAGAAGAAGAUAUUCUAACUCCAGGCAAAAAUAAUACAGAGGGUAUUCCCCCUUUUAACGCCUACUCCCCUAAAGGAAUUGUUACAGGUCAGUUAGUUUAUGUUAAUUAUGGUAGAGUAGACGAUUAUAUUCAUCUAGAAUCUGUUGGUGUUAAUGUAUCAGGCUGUGUGGCUAUAUCAAGAUAUGGUAAAAUCUUCAGAGGAAGUAAGGUUGAUAUAGCCCAAAGGUAUGGUGUUAUAGGAUUAAUUCUAUAUUCUGAUCCUAAAGACUAUACUAUACCAGGUGAAGGAGUUUAUCCCGACACAUGGUGGUUACCUGGCUCAGGUGCCCAAAGAGGAACUAUUUUUACUGGUAUAGGUGACCCAUUAACCCCAGGAUAUCCAGCUAUAGAUACAACAUAUCGAUAUGAAGAAGAUAAAGUUGUACCACCUCUUCCUAAAAUACCAGCACAUCCUAUUGGUUAUACUGUAGCUGAACAGUUACUCGUAAAUUUAACCGGAGCUACUGUCAUAGAUGAAUGGAAAGGUGGGAUAAAUAUAACUUACAAAUAUGGACCAGGGUUUAUUAAUGAUAACUGGAAAGUAAGAAUGAAUAUUUCUACACAAAAUGCACGACGUAACACAACAAAUGUUAUUGGAUUUAUAAAAGGGGCAGUAGAACCAGAUAGAUAUGUCAUAUUUGGUAAUCAUCGUGAUGCCUGGGUGUAUGGAGCUAUAGAUCCGUCCAGUGCUACAGCUGUUAUGAUGGAAACUGCACGAGUAAUGGCUGCAUUGGUUAAAUCUGGUAAAUGGCGACCACGUCGAACUAUUUUGUUCUGUAGUUGGGGUGCGGAAGAAUAUGGCCUGGUAGGAUCUACUGAAUGGGUUGAAGAAUAUAUAAAGAAUAUAAAAGAAAGAACCUUGGCUUAUAUCAAUAUAGAUAUAUCAGUAGAAGGAACAAACACAUUUCGUUCUAAAACUACGCCAUUGUUAUACAACUUGAUGUACGAAACUGCAAAGCUGGUUGAGAAUCCUAAUGCUACAGAGAUAGCAGCAGGAAGAAAAACAGUUUACGACACGUGGUUAUUAAACAGACCCUGGAACAUUAAUGGCAAAAUUUACGGAAAACCAGAAAUGCAAUCUAUGGGAUCCGCAAGCGACUUUGCACCAAUUUUACAAAAAGCUGGAGUGACAUCUGUCGAUUUUAGGUAUACCUAUGAUAAGAACUUGCCUGUUGUUGGAUAUCCACUUUACCAUUCACAGUAUGAAACAUUUUAUGCUAUGAAGAAUCUCAUUGACGUUGACUUUAAGUAUCACCAAGCUGUUGCUCGUAUUGGUGCUGAAUUAGCCAGAAAUUUAGCUGACUCCCUUAUCAUUCCACUAAGUGCCUCAGAUUAUGCCUGGGAUCUAGAAAACCUCAGAGUCUCACUAGAUGCAGAAUACGGUUCUUAUUUAAGGGGUAACAUCAGUAAUUAUGACGACUUAGAAAUGGUUAUUAAAAAAUUUGGUGAAGAGGCGGCCGACUUUGAGAUAAGAUUGGCCAAUGUAAAUAAAAAUGAUCCAUUAUUAACAAGAGUGGUGAAUGAUCAGUUAAUGUUGUUAGAGAAAGCGUUCUUAGAUCCAGCCGGUUUACCAUCAAGACCUUUGAAAAAACACAUAAUAAUGGCGGAUAGUAGUAAUGAUGUAUAUGCCGGAAGUAGUUUUCCAGGACUUAUAGAUUUACUGUUUGAGAUUGAUAAAGCAGCCGACCCUAAUGCACGAUGGGAGGAAGUUAAACAACAUUUUUCUGUUAUUUUAUUUACUAUCCAAUCAGCUGCUUCAACUCUUCGUGACGUCACUCUUUUUCAUUCAUGAUGAAGAGAUAAGACCAUUUUAUAAAUUGUAUAUUAUUUGAUUUAAAAUCUCAAUAACAAAGUAAAUAUUGUAAUCAAUAAUGCCCAUGUCUAUUCUUGUAUCUACAUAAUAAAACUUAAUAGGUUAGGUAUGUCUACAGGGG